UCCCUCCAGCUGCAGACAUCGGUGUGGGUAUCAGCGGUCAGGAGGGGAUGCAGGCUGUCAUGUCCAGCGACUACGCCUUCGCUCAGUUCCGUUACCUGGAGCGCCUCCUGCUGGUGCACGGGCGCUGGUCCUACAUCCGAAUGUGCAAGUUCCUGCGUUACUUCUUCUUCAAGAACUUCGCCUUCACACUGGUUCACUUCUGGUACUCCUUCUUCAACGGAUACUCUGCAAUGGUCACCUAUGAAGACUGGUUCAUCACUCUCUACAAUCUCUGUUACAGCAGCUUACCUGUUCUACUAGUUGGACUUCUUGACCAGGACGUUAACGACAAAAUAAGCCUGAAAUUCCCACAACUCUAUUUACCCGGACAGCUGGGAACGUUGUUCAACUACAAGAACUUCUUCAUCAGCUUGUUCCACGGUAUCUUUGUCUCGCUCAUCAUCUUCUUCAUCCCCUACGGAGCCUUCCUUCAGACCAUGGGGCAGGACGGAGAAGCCCCCUCCGACUACCAGUCCUUCGCCGUAGUCACCGCCUCCUCGCUCAUUUUUGUCGUCAACCUGCAGAUCUCCUUGGAGACUUCCUAUUGGACCUUUGUUAACUGCUUUGCCGUUUUGGGCAGUAUAGCUAUUUACUUCGGCAUCAUGUUCGACAUCCACAGUGCUGGGAUCCACGUCAUCUUCCCCGCACCGUUCACCUUCACUGGUGCGGCGUCGAAUGCUCUGCGGCAGCCCUACCUGUGGUUAACAAUCAUCCUGACUGUGGGCGUCAGCCUGCUGCCCGUUAUCUGCAUCCAGUUCCUCCAUAAAACCAUCUGGCCCUCGAUAGGAGAUAAGGUGAGACCUCCAUGACUCAACCUGAUGCUUGGCCUGUCUUAA